GUUUGUUUUUCCGGACAUCUCCCCCUAGUGUCUAUGCAUCAACUUCUCGGCUGGAACAGUUUCCGCACCGGGAUCUCAGCGUGAGUCAUUAUUCAGCUCCAGCACGCAGCCAUACCGACUGUCGGGAUGUGACCCCGGAACAGGACACCUCCUGAGAAACAACACUCCAUUCAAAUAAAACGGGCGAAAAAACGGAUCGCGACCAGCAGAGGGACCCCGGAGCCGCGGGGAUGAACCGCGAGGAGACGCCCGGGAAGUCCCCCGAGGAGAUGUACAUCCAGCAGAAGGUGCGCGUGCUGCUCAUGCUCAAGAAGAUGGGCUCGAACCUGACGCAGAGCGAGGAGGCGUUUCUGCGGAACUACGCCGGUGUGGUGCACAGUCAGAUGAGCCAACUGCCGCAGCACCCCAUCGACCAGGGUGCUGAAGAUGUGGUGAUGGCUUUCUCCAGAUCAGAAACAGAGGACCGGAGACAGUGACCGUGACCCCCACCCCCCACCCCCCAGGCCCCACCCAGCUUAGGGACAGGGAGAGGAGGCCGCCCAGGAUGGGGGAGGGAAAUGAGCGGACAAACCGUGGGCGUAACGGGCCCCCCACCCCUCACCACCCCCUUCCCCCUCCUAACCCAUCUUCCUUGAACAAACUGCUGCCCCACUGGGCCCCAUUAUUGGGCCCCAGGCUUCUGUGGAAAAAGAGCAGGAGACAACAUGGGCCAGAGCUUCCGGUUUACUUUUUUAUUUUUUAGUCUCUCUCAUUCGCUCUUACUCUGUCUCUCUGGUGCUCUCUCUCUCUCUCUCUCUCUCUCAUACACAGACUCUCUCUCUCUCUACACUCACUCUUACUCUGACUCUCUCUCUCUCUCUCUCUCUCUCUAUGUCUCUCUCUCUCUCUCAUACAUAGACUCUCUCUCUCUCUCUCUCUCCCCACUCACUCUUACUCUGACUCUCUCUCACUCUCAUCCUUUAACUCCGGGGUGGUAAAUUCUGAACAGAUCAAGAACAUUGUGGCGGAGGUGGGUGGAACUGCUGAUGGGUCAUUGUCCUUGGUGGGGAAGUUUUUGUCCCAUUCAGUUUUUUUUUGUUGUUGUUAAGUUUCUUUACUGUCUGUGGGGAGACUGUAUGCUGGUUUAAAGAGGUCGUGAUUCGUGAUCGUGUGUAUGUGUGUGCCGUUUCUUUUUUAUUGUCUUUGCAUAAUUUUGGCACCUGAACACGUGCGUGAUACUGCCACCAGCAAGUCUUUCCCCAUCAAAGAAAGGGACAAGCAUGUGGGGACCUUCAAGCAGAUGUGCAAAAACGUGUUGUCUCGACAAUUACGACUUAAUACUGAAAAUGAAAGAACUGGUUUGUGCCGGUUUGGUGUUAUUGUAUUCCUGUGCUUCAGAAAACAAAAAGAAUCUGAAAGAUUUGAAAUGUGUCUGAGGACUGUAUCGGGGGCUAAUUUAUUGGUUUAUUGUAUUCUUACUGUUCUAAAGCAGGAUGUGUUCAUUUUGUGUCUACGAAUGUAAGAAAAGCGUAAUUCUAUAUCCAGUUAUUAAACGAACAGAAUUGAAGAUAUUGUGAGUUAAAGCCUUAAACCGUUUUACAAUAGAGAUGCGAUCUUGUGCAUACAGUACACACACUCUCACACACUCUCUCUCACACACACACACAUACACACUGCACAAGUGUGUGUCUCUCUGAGCAAUAGCAAUGAGAACUGUCAUUUUGGCCUCAAAAAGAGUUAAGCAUGGUUUGGAGGAGACUUUGGGAAACUGUAGCCAGCUUGGUCUUUGUUUUAUUUCCAUACGGUAACUGCUGCACAAGUAAUGCAAUGCAGCUUGUAUGAAGCAUGCAUUACAUGUGUGUUUGUGUGCAUGGAUGGAAGUGUCUGUGUGUGGGUGUGUGGUUGUGUGCAUGGCUGGAUGGGUGUGUGUGUGUGUGUGUUUGUGUGUGUGUGUACACUUGUUCAUUAAAAAUGGAAUUUUCAAUUUAAUUUUCACCUUUUUUGUGUAUACUUGCUUUUGAUAGACCGUUUGUGGUGACGUUACUUAUUGCUCUGUGUUUAUUGUGUUUUUGUUAUCUUACUUAACUUAAUAAUUGUAACUUAAUGUUCUGAAAUUAAGCAUGCCUGCCAUGUGGUUUACAGUACACAGUAAAAAAAAAAAGCCUUGCUACAAUCAUUUUGUUUGUAUUUUUGAAGUCUGAGAACCUGUUUUUUUUUUGCAUACCUGGAACUUCUGUUUGGUAGAAUACCAUCUAUGUGGUCUAUAUUCUUUCAUUUUUUAAUUUAUUUUAUUUUUUUAAAUUGAAUGUCUAUACAGUGACAGUGUGUUGUAUUUUACCAACAAACAGCCACAACUUUUUCACCAGUGACAGUCUUUUAUUAUACUUUUUGUUCAAUUUGAAAGCCAGAAAUAUGUUUUUUUGUGUGUAUUUGUGAGGUUUAAUAUACGAUCCGCAGUUCAGUACUGUAUGUGUUUGGUUGUCAAUGUAUUUGGUUAUUGUCAUUCAACCUGCAACCCAUCUUUACAGCAUGUCACAUUCUAUUGUUAGAGCUGUGUACCUUUUUAAUGUGCUGACCUGUUGAUGCGUAAGCUAUUGCUUCAGUCUUAAAAUGGAUUUUGCUUAGAUUUAUGUUUUUUCUAGUUAAUAUUGAUUGAUUGGUUGUUAUUAUUGUCUGGCUUGCUGAGCAACUGUUGAAUAAAUGCUUCCAAGAACCUAUACCAGCUGAACCGUGAAAAUUAAAGGAGUUUACAGCAUUUAA